UUCUGAAAUCCGCGGGACCGGUCCUAUAUUUAAGAUUCCGCGGCUGGUGGAAUUAAAUGAGAAAUGUAACAGCAGGUGGCAGAAAAUCUCGACUUUAUUCCAUCUCUAUCAUUGAUUUGAUUUCCCACGUUGUUUUCGCGUGGUCCUGUCCAUGAAUACUAUGGCACACUCGCUGUAUGGACCACACUAUAGAGAAAAAAUGUUCGAAUUCAAGAAACUUGCCUGGCAAUGGCAAUAUAAAGAACUGAACCAGUAGAAGCCUCUCUAAACUCUGUUAAGAGUGAAAAAUACUUCCCUUUGCCAACUUGUCACUACCUGUGAACUCCCACAAUUGUUCUUCACAGAGCAAAAGAUAAAAUAAUAUCUGACGGAUCUUGAAGAAGGGCAAGCACAGAUUAAAAUUAAUGGAGGAAUCGAGUAAGGAAACCGUGUGCGUUACAGGGGCGGGAGGGUUUCUCGGGUCAUGGAUCGUUAAUUUACUUCUCCAGCGCGGUUACAACGUGCGAGGCACCGUGCGAGACGUAGGUGAUGCAAAGAAUGCACAUUUGAAAAGCCUUGAAGGGGCAAAGGAGAGGCUAAAACUCCUAAAUGCAGUUUUGUCGGAUUAUGACUCACUUUUCACAGCAAUCAAUGGGUGUACUGGAGUUUUUCAUACAGCAUGCCCAGUUCCCUCUCAUAGGGUGUCCAAUCCAGAGGCAGAGAUGGUUAAUCCUUCUGUGAAGGGAACUUUGAAUGUGUUGAAGGCAUGUUCAGUAGCCAAAGUGAAGCGAGUAAUUAUGACAUCGUCUGUAGUUGCUGUUUUUGUUAACCCAAAUAGACCUAUGGAUGCACUACUAGAUGAGAGCUGCUGGUCAGAUCCAGAAUAUUGUGAGGCAACCGAGAAUUGGUAUUUCAUGUCAAAAACGGUCUCAGAAAAGAAUGCCUGGAAUUGUUCAAAGGAGUUUGGCCUUGACCUUAUCACCAUUUGUCCAUCUUUGAUUUUGGGGCCCAUGUUACAGCCAAAUACCAAUGCCAGUUGUCUUUUUAUUAUCAAGCUUCUGACUUUGUACCCUAGCGACUCAUCCCCUAUACUCAAGGUUCCGUUUGGGACAAGGACUUGGAAACACAUCCUCUACCCUCAAGGACUCAUGACUCAGGUCUCUAUAACUAUGAGGAUAGAGAAGAACAUUUUUUUGUUGUUUCUCAAAGAUGAUCAUGCUACUAUGUUCAUCUAUCAGUUGGAGAAUGGAUUUGAAUGGAGGCGGGUUGCAGGAGACGACACCUUUUUUGCCACUGCAAUGGAGAAUCUUGGUGUUGAGAUUCGAAAAGCUAGAAACCCAACAAUGGAACAGAUCCAAAUGUUGAGUCAGUUGCAUGAGGGAAGGAAGACAAUCUGGAUGGAAGGCCCUUUGAAGUGGACAAUUUGGAUGGAACCUUGUCAGGAUCAUCUUCAUGAGUGUUGAGAUGUUGUUUGGUUCUUUUUGUUUGAACAUGAACAUUAUCUAUGAAUACUCUUUUUGCUUGGACACAUCAUAGAAUAGGCUAUGUAUAGGAUUAUGUUGUUUAUAAUGUGCAUGCAAAACUAUUAGUAGUCAUUGAUCAGAUCCAUGUAGGUUGGGAUUGUUG